CAAGUGCAAGAAUGAGGGCGAAGUGAAACCCUACCUGACUGUUUUACUGACUGGUGCCACUGGCCAUCGUUUUCCUCUUCUCCUCUCCUCCCCUCUGCCCUUUUAAAAACGCACCCAUUUCCCCCAUCCCAGCAAGCCCAGCCUCCCAAACUGCUACCGACCUCCUUCCCAUACUCCGCUUCUUCACAUUCAGCCGCCUCUCUCUCUCUAUACGCAGUAAUGGCAGCACUCACUCAGCUAGCCCACCACCAGCGCCCCCACAACCACCUAUUCUUCUCCUCUGCCGCCGCCGCCAGACCCAGGCGGCUUCCCGCCACCCGAAUCCGGAUGUCCCUCCAGGAGUCCGGUCCGUCGCUCGCCGUCGUGGGCGUCACCGGCGCCGUCGGCCAGGAGUUCCUCUCCGUUCUCUCCGACCGCGACUUCCCCUACCGCUCCAUCAAGAUGCUUGCCUCCAGGCGCUCCGCUGGGAAGCACCUCACUUUCCAGGGCAGGGACUACCUGGUCGAGGAGAUCGCCCCCGACAGCUUCGACGGAGUCGAUAUCGCCCUGUUCAGCGCCGGCGGGUCCAUAAGCAAGGAGUUUGGGCCCAUUGCGGUCGAGAAGGGCGGCAUUGUGGUGGACAACAGCUCGGCGUUCAGGAUGGACGAGGGAGUGCCUCUUGUCAUCCCGGAAGUGAACCCUGAGGCUGUGGCGGGUAUUAGGGCCGGCAGCGGGAAGGGGGCUCUCAUCGCAAAUCCGAAUUGCUCCACCAUCAUCUGCUUGAUGGCAGCAACUCCUCUCCAUCGACAUGCCAAGGUGGUUCGCAUGGUAGUUAGCACAUACCAAGCUGCUAGUGGCGCUGGUGCUGCCGCGAUGGAGGAGCUUGUGCUUCAAACUCGUGAGGUUCUGGAGGGGAAGCCUCCAACUUGUAACAUCUUCAAGCAGCAGUAUGCUUUUAAUUUGUUUUCUCACAAUGCCCCUGUUAUGUCAAAUGGAUACAAUGAGGAGGAAAUGAAACUGGUGAAGGAAACAAGGAAAAUCUGGAAUGACAAGGAUGUGAAGGUGACUGCUACAUGCAUACGAGUUCCUGUAAUGCGUGCUCAUGCGGAAAGUGUGAACCUCCAAUUCGAGAAACCACUUGAUGAGGAGAAGGCAAAGGAAAUUUUGAAAAAAGCUCCAGGUGUUGUGGUUAUCGAUGAUCGAGCAGCCAAUCGCUUCCCUACACCAUUGGAAGUAUCCAAUAAAGAUGAUGUUGCAGUUGGAAGGAUACGUCGUGAUGUGUCUCAAGAUGGACAUACAGGUCUGGACAUCUUUGUGUGUGGUGAUCAGAUACGCAAGGGGGCAGCACUAAAUGCUGUGCAGAUUGCAGAGAUGUUGCUAUAGAUGUGACAAAGUUCAUCCGAUUAGUCGGCUUUAAUUUGUCGAUUUGCUUCAAUGCUAAUGUGAAAGGAAGCACUUCGGGUAAAUUAUUGGCACGGCUCUUCAGGAUACAUCGUGGAAUGUCGCAUUGCAUUCAGGACAAUAAGGUUGAUUAGUUUUCUUCGGCAUAAACUAAUAGGCCCGUGGAUGUGUUGUUUCCAUUUUUUAGAGUCCUGUGUUGAAAUUUUGUUCUACCAAGUUAAUCUCAACUCGGAAGAUCCUGAGUUUAUGUUGCUUGUUAUAGCUGCGCAUAUUUAUGACUCACCCAAUGAUGGUUUUCCUAGCAAUGUAAUUUUCUUCUGAAAGAGGAUAGCGAACCAUGAAUAAGUCCCCUUGUAUAUCGAGCUUUUUCCUGAGCUAGCUGAGCCUCUGAUUAAGUUUGAGUGUGA